CACCAAUUUCUUCCGCCCCUUCACCCGGGAGUCGCUGGUGGAAAUCCAGAGGCUCGCAAAAGACAGGCAAAAAGCAGCCGAAGUAGAGGGCCACGAGGGGGGAGAACCGUUGUCCCCGCAUCCUGAUCUGGAAGCUGGAAAGAGCCUGCCCCUGAUCUAUGGAGACCCUCCUCCAGAGCUGCUCAACACGCCUCUGGAGGACCUGGACCCCUUCUACAAAGCACAGAAAACAUUCGUUGUGAUCAGCAAAGGAAACACAAUCUUCAGGUUCAACGCUGACCCGGCUUGUUACAUUCUGAGCCCCUUCAGUCUGGUCCGGAGAGGAGCCAUCAAAAUUCUCAUACAUUCAUUAUUUAGCAUGUUCAUCAUGAUUACAAUUCUGUCCAAUUGUGUUUUCAUGACGAUGAGCAACCCACCAGCGUGGAGCAAAACAGUCGAGUAUGUUUUCACUGGGAUUUACACCUUUGAGGCAACAGUCAAAGUGCUGUCGAGAGGUUUCUGUGUCGGUUCUUUUACAUUCCUUCGAGAUCCAUGGAACUGGCUGGAUUUCAUGGUGAUCAGCAUGGCUUACAUCACUGAGUUUGUUGAUCUCGGCAARGUGUCGGCCCUCAGGACGUUUCGAGUGCUUCGAGCCCUAAAAACAAUCACCGUGAUCCCCGGUCUGAAGACGAUCGUGGGCGCUCUGAUCCAGUCCGUGAAGAAAAUGGGGGACGUCAUGGUCCUGACGGUCUUCGCCCUGGCCGUUUUCGCCCUCGUCGGUCUUCAGCUGUUCAUGGGAAACCUGCGUCAGAAAUGUGUGCGGUGGCCCAUCCAGACGAAUGAAACGGCGUUUGAAUUAUUCAGCCCCGUUUUUAACGACACACAGAACUUCAACAGUCCCACGGGGGUCAACGACACAAUGUAUUCCAACAUUACCUUUAAUUUUAUUGAAUAUAUUGAAAAUUCAGAAAAUCACUAUUAUUUGGAGGGCAGCCAUGAUGCUCUUGUUUGUGGUAACAGCUCUGAUGCUGGAAAGUGCCCAGAAGGAUACACGUGCAUGAAGGCAGGGAGGAACCCUAACUUCGGUUACACCAGCUUCGACUCCUUCGGCUGGUCCUUUCUUGCCCUCUUCAGACUCAUGACGCAGGACUUCUGGGAGAACCUUUUCCAACUGAUCCUACGAGCAGCUGGAAGGACAUACAUGCUUUUCUUCGUGGUGGUUAUCUUUCUGGGCUCCUUCUACCUCAUCAACCUCAUCCUGGCUGUGGUGGCCAUGGCUUAUGACGAGCAAAAUCAAGCAACUCAACAAGAGGCCAUCGAAAAGGAGGCAGAGUUCCAGCGUCUGUUGGAACAGCUCAAAAAUCAAGAGCAGGCUCAGCUUCAUGGAAGUCGAGCGACUUUGACCAGUAAAAAGUCUCUCAGUCACCACACAGUGYCUGAAAAGACAGAAAAUGAGAACGGUCUCAAGCAGGACGAGGCUGUGAAGGACUGUAACGGCAGAAUUAUUCCCCAGUUGAUGAUCAGAGCACCCACCAUGGACGAGUCUGCUGUAGAUUAUGAGCUGAAAAGGAGGUCACCGGACUCACUGCACAGUAYGCUUCAUCUGGAUGAGCCGGUCCUGAAACAGAGAUCUGGAAGUGCUAUGACUGUGGCGACUGCAGCUGCUAUGGAAGAGUUGGAGGAGGCUCAGAGGCCAUGCCCGCCUUGCUGGUACAAAUUUGCAGACAUGUUCUUGAAGUGGGACUGCUGCGCGCCCUGGAUCGUCUUUAAAAAGUGGAUGCACUUUGUGGUCAUGGACCCUUUCGUUGACCUGGCAAUUACCAUCUGCAUCGUGCUCAACACCCUUUUCAUGGCCAUGGAGCAUUACCCCAUGACCCCGGAGUUUGACAGCAUGCUCUCUGUGGGGAACCUGGUUUUCACCGGGAUCUUCACAGCUGAGAUGGUUUUCAAGCUUAUUGCCAUGGAUCCUUAUUACUACUUUCAAGUUGGCUGGAACAUUUUUGACAGCAUCAUCGUCACGCUCAGCCUGGUGGAGCUGGGGCUGGCAAACGUCCAGGGUCUGUCAGUCCUGAGGUCCUUCCGUUUGCUUCGUGUCUUCAAACUGGCCAAGUCAUGGCCCACGCUCAACAUGCUGAUCAAAAUCAUCGGUAACUCGGUGGGCGCUUUAGGAAACCUGACUCUGGUGCUGGCCAUCAUUGUCUUCAUUUUCGCCGUCGUGGGCAUGCAGCUCUUUGGGAAGAGCUACAAGGACUGCGUGUGCAAGAUCUCCGAAGACUGCGAGCUGCCCCGCUGGCACAUGAACGACUUCUUCCACUCCUUCCUCAUCGUGUUCCGCAUCCUGUGCGGCGAGUGGAUCGAGACCAUGUGGGACUGCAUGGAGGUGGCUGGUCCCGCCAUGUGUUUAAUUGUCUUCAUGAUGGUCAUGGUCAUUGGGAAUCUAGUGGUGUUGAACCUCUUCCUGGCCCUGCUGCUCAGCUCUUUCAGCGGGGACAACCUCUCCGGAGGGGAYGAGGACGGAGAGAUGAACAAUCUCCAGAUCGCCAUCGGCAGAAUCACCCGAGGAAUCGACUGGUUAAAAGCGUUCAUCGUUCGAAGGGUUCAGCAGAUCCUCGGCAGGAAGCCCAAAGGGCCCGACGAGGGUCCGGUGGACGACGACGACUCCAAAGCAGAGGCAAUGGAGAUGAACCACCUGGACACCUGUCAAGGWUUUAAAGUGGCCGAUGGGUUAAUGGAUUGUCCGGUUGAAGGCCGGCCCUCUGGAUUUAUUGUGGAUGGAGAGGUCCGUCUGAAUGUGCCAAUCGCUGAGGCAGAGUCCGAUUUUGAAAAUCUGAGUGAAGAAGAUGAGGACGAUGAAGAGGAUGAACACAACUCAGGGAUGGAACAUGAGAAAGAUACUCAACUAAAUACA